CCGGCUUCAAAAAGGUUUUGUCUGAUUUGAAGCGAGGAGUCCCAAGAUCGGAUAGCAGAAGAAUUAAAAGAUGUUCGCUAAAUUGUGUAUUUUAGCCCUGGUGCUGUGUUACGUCGUGGUUGCUUCGCAUCAAAGCGUGAGAUACAAGUAUUUCGAUGAGUACCUGUUGCAUUUGGAGAAACGCCAACAGACAAUCCUAGUCGAAGAAGUGGAAAUCAAGGUUGCUAGUCCUUUGCUUAUUCGAACAGGUCUUGUACGAAGCAAAGAAGAGCAAUGCUGCAUGCUUGGACAGAUAGCUGGCGAGAAAGGGUAUCAUUGUUUUUCUAAAUUCUACGCUGCCCGCAUAUUGUACAGAAACUACAAUCGAGCUCACAACAAAAGGAUCCCAGCACUGUUAAAAGGCAAACCCAAUCCAACAGCUGACAAGCUCAUGCGCAGUUUUGGACAGUGUGUUGCCAACAGAGGAGCCAUCUUCUAUAAGUGCUGUCGACAUGCUGCCAUGCGCAGCUCUUAAAUACCCACUGUACAAAUAUGUAAAUAAUUUAAACAGUGCUUCAUGGCUCAGUCGUACUACUGAUUGUUUAAUACAGAACUCAUUCGCAUUAUUUCAUUCUAAAGGGAACUUUUUCUGAUGCUUGCGAAUCAUGCAUGCAUGAUCCUUAUCAACGAAAAGUUGUAACAUCAGGAUUUAACCUGUAUUUUUUAUCACAUUA